CGACCAUUGCGCUACCUCUUCCCGCUCACUAAUCUGGCUAACUAAUCUGGCUAAGCAUGUUCCCGGGCGCCGCCCAGCUCGGCGAGGUGGUCGCCAUCGUGCAGGCCUUGCUCCACGCCAUCCUCGUCGAAGGCGUCACCGCGGCGUACGCUCGGCUGAUCAAGAGCGCGAAUUUGGCGAUUGACGACAUCCACGGCAAGCCGGACUGGCUCUCGAAGCUCAAGGUGGUUUGCGUGUACUACAUAAACGUCGGGAGCAUGGUGCCUGCGACGGCGCCGCUGCCGCUCGCCGAGGAGGCCUCGCCGCACGUGCCCGGCCUGAUGACGACAUGGCGCGAGGGCGCCAACAAGGCGGCCACCAGCCUGCAGCCGCAGGGCGGCGUCGUGGUGGGCACCAUCCGGAUGGGCUACGGCCACCACCGCAUCGCUUACGCCACAACCUCGUGGGCGCUCGGCAUGGACAAGAAGACGUACUUCCACGACCUGCUCAACCUCGACUCGGAGGAGGCGUCCCUCAUCAAGACGAUGGACCACUUCUACUCGCAGAUCUCGCGCAUCCAGGCCGAGUUCCGCGCCAUCGAGCUCGUGUUUGGCUACCUCAUGGCCAACGGGGCGACGGCCAACCUCGCGCGCCAGUUCGCGGUCGUCUCGGCGCACUUCCGCACGCUCACGGCAGCCUUCCCGCGAGACACGCCGAUCAUCUCCUGCUUCCCGUAUGUCGGCCUCUCGGCCGUCGCCGCCGGCUUCACGCGCGUCAUCAACCUCGUGUUUGACAACCACGCGCAGGCAGCCCACUGCCACUGGAUCCCGAGGGAGCUCGUCGUCAACAUCAAGUCCGACUGCAAUGCACGCAAGGCCCGCGCCGCCGCGCGCAAGCCGACGCGUGUCCUCUGCUCGGUCGGCGGCGCGGGCGCGCAGAAGACAUUCGCCUUCGCCAACUGCCUCGACGACCUCGGCAUCCGCUACACGCUCGUCGACACGCUGCAAGGCGUGCACGACUUUUGCGGCCGCAUGUCCUCCGGCCUCGAGCCGGAGCGCGCCGUCACUAUCUUCGCCUUCAACGUCUACUUCCCGGCCGUCGCCACCACCGACAUCCUGUGCCGCGUCUCGGACGUGCUCGCGUGCAAGCCGGGUGAGCUCGCCUUCUACCCGGUGCCAAAGCUGAUGCUCCGCCGCGUGGGCGACCACGAGUUCUACUCAGCGCUGCGCGCCUCCGAGGUCGGGGACGGGACGCAGGAGCUGCGCGAGGUCUCGGACGUCGUGCGCUACCUCGACAUCUUUGCGAAGUCGCCCGACGCGCUCACGCAGAUGAACGACUCGAUCCUCACCAACGCGAGCGUCGGCAUGUACGACGGUUGCAAGGCCGCCGUCGAGAUGGCCAUGGCGAAGCUGUGA